AUGACCACAUCCAUCCCCGAUACUCCUACCUUCAUUCCACCCAAUAACAGUCUCACUCACGAUGGCUGGUCGAACGAGGACGAAGCGACUGCCACCUGUUUCUGUGGGAAAGUUCAAAUAGUAUUCCCUCUCAAAUCUCCAGGAUUAGCCAACACGUUCCUAUGCAACUGUACAGACUGUCGUAAAGUGACCGCAUCAAUGUUCGCUACAAAUUUCACCACUCUCGAUUCCCACACUCGAUUUUCAAGAGGAGAAGAUCACUUGACUCUAUUUGUACAAGAUCAAACCACCACAACGGGUAAAAAUAUGAUCAAUGGAUUCUGUGAAACCUGCGGAACGUUGAUGUACAGGAAAUCAGAAGGAUUCCCAGGUACGAGGUUCUUGAGAGUUGGGACGGUCGAUGAUUUCAAAUUGCACGAUACGGUUCUGAGACCACAACACGAACAGUUUGCGGGAUGUAGAGUGAAUUGGUGGGGUGGUGUAGAUGGUGCUAAGAAGUAUGAGAAGAUGAUGGAGUGA